AACUAUGACGUCACACGCGUUAAAAUGGAGGUGAAGAAACAAGAGAAACCUGGAAGCUUGUCGCCGGUGAAAGGACUGAGGAGAGACGACGACGGGAAGACUUCCCGGUCGAAUAGCAAAUCGGAGAGAGAUUUGCGUCUGCCGGAGAAGUCACCCAGUGAGGAUGCAGGCAGGAGAGAGAGACGACCGUCUAGAGCUAGCGAGAGCUCUAAAGAUACGUUAGAAAGACAAGAAUCAAAAUCACUAUCACCGAAAGUAUCAAGAAAGUAUUUUACGAACUGGAAGCAGGCGUGCGAUAAGACCAAAGACAAAACCAAAGAACUACUAAAGCGAUGGCGGACGUUGCCUGAAACUGAAACAUCUGAACACAUGCAGGAACCAAGUAAUAGUGAGGAAGAUAAACAUCAUGGCUGGAGUGUACAUGUUUGGACGACGUGGGUGAAUCGGUGCAGCGAUAGUCUGGAAUGCCUGGACCUGGAUGAAGAACAGCCUCUAGCACAACUCGGAGCUGUCCAGUCGGACAAACUGACGCUGUUCUUUACUGAACUGCUGGACCAUGACCGCGAUGACGUCAUCUGCGAUCAGGACUUUGAUAAUUUCUUUGAGAAACUAGCACAUUUCGCCGAUUGGUCAAACAACUCCUCCGAAUUCCACAUACUACUCGAAGUGAAGCAAGAAUUUAUCGAACAUUUUAUCAACCCUUUGCCUACUAAAUGGAGCGACUUACCGUACUACAAGAGGGUGUGCGGUCCAGAGGCGGGGGGGUUUCCGGGCAGGACCACAUUAGAAGGCUGGCUGGCACGCUGGGCGCUUUAUCUUAGUGACAUGAAAAGAUUUACUGACCUGCCUCUAUACUUGCAGUAUCUCUGCAAGAUUAUGUUCAAUGUUAUCGACAGAACAGGUACGGGUGCAAUAACAAAACAAUCUCUGGCAGCGUUCUACCGCUCUGUCAUCGGCUUGCCGGCGACACGAAUCGAUGAGAUCAUUGACACUGCCUACGACCGCAUGACUAGUAACGGCUACCUGAUCUUAGACUACGGCACCUUUGUCCACUGCUUCACCAAUUGGUUAAUGGGUAAAAACCCCAACGGCCCAGGACAGUGGGUGUUAGUACCACCCAAAGGCUCGUUACCACAGCCACCUUUCCCCGUAGACUACAGCGCGUUGAACACAGAACCAGCCAAAUUAGAACCUUAUGCACCGGACAAGAAGACAAACAGACAUUCCGUGAUAGUAUAGAAUUAAUUAAUAAUAAAUCUUUUAUAAUACAACAACGAAACUUCCUUAGACCAGAGGGAUAGUCAGAGAUAAAAAAAACAUGUA